AGGGCAAUGUACAUUGUUUGGGUUUCAGCCAAUCACUAGGACUUCUCCUUUGUAAACCUUGUGACAAAAUCUUCCACUUGUGUGGGAAGACAUCAGUUGUGCAACAGAAGGUCGCUUUACCACGAUGUACGGAAGAUUGACUGCUUUGAUUCUUACAUUGUACACAACUACAUUGUCUCAAACCAGAGAUGUUCCUGACCAGAUCCCGUUGAUUGUGGCUGAACUUGGUGAUACUUUGAAUCUGACAUGCCCACUAACUGGAGAUAUAAGCGGGUUGUUUUACUGGUAUAAGCUCAAGUCUGGAUACAUGGUCCAAACAGUUGCAGCAGGAACAUAUGACAAAUUAACACUUGAGGGACAAUUUGACAACUCAAGAUUUACAGUCACAAGAUGGGAUCUUCAAUAUUUUCUUAACAUCACAAAUGUAACCAAAGAAGACGAAGGAACAUACUUCUGUCAAUCAGGAGCGGCAUACCAAAUGCAAUUUAUUAAGGGCAUACUGCUGGCUGUAAAUGAUUGUAAAAAUCAGCAGAAAUCUGUCUACGUGAAACAAAGUCCGGAGACUGAGUUAAUUCAGCAGGGCAACACAAUUGCUCUCCAGUGUUCACUUCUCUCCAAGAACGAAGGAAACCCAGGUCAAUGUCCAACGGAACAAAGUGUGUACUGGUUCAGAGCUGGAUCAGGAAAAUCUUAUCCAAGUGUUCUUUACACUCAGAGUCACGUUGAUAAAGAUGUUACCAGGAGUUGUGACUACAGAUUGUCCAAAACUAUCCAGAACUCCUCUGAUGCUGGGACGUACUACUGUGCUGUGGUCACAUGUGGAGAGAUCCUGUUUGGUGAAGGAACUAAAGUGGAGACAAGACAAGAACUGUGCCCAUUCGUCAUUGUGCUUGUGAUAUUGCUGACCGGAUGUGUGAUUGUGGUUAUGACUGUAAUUAUCUCUAGAAAUCAAAAGCCAGUCUGUAAACAUUGCAAAGGAGAAGUAACUUUUUCCAAUCAUGCUGAAAAUGACAGAUCAGCUGAGAAUCAAGCAAGGAAUGUGGAUGGCGAAGCAGCGGCAAUGAACUACGUAGUGCUGGAUUUUCCCUCAAGACAAAAUCAAAGAUGGAUGAAUAAAAGGGACUUUCCACAGGACUGUAUGUACUCUGGCAUGGCAGACUAAAACAAGUGUUAGAAUCAGCUUAAUUGCCAUGUAGGUUUACACAUACAAGGUAUUUGCUUGGGUGUCUUGGUGCCUAAUAUGAACAUUAUCACAUGCCAUAAUGUUUAUUCAGCUUUGAUUACUGUUCAGGUGAAUGAAAUAAGAUUUUCCAGUGUUGUUAUUGUUAAUUAUCAGAGGGAUCAGUUUAGUAUAAAAACAGCAUUUAUGUUUUGUGACGUUGCCUGGUUGAACCAAGAAUAGAUAUUUAUCAUAAUUUUUAUUAUUCUUUUUGUUUUACCAUUAUUAUUUUAUUGAUUAUCAGAUUGAUCUUGAAUAAUCACUCAAAAACAUGUAUUGCCUUUAAACAUAUAAAGAAACAAAAAUAAAAUCCACAUUCUUUA